AUGGUGCGGUCGCGAUCUGAUGAAAUGCAGUCAGAAGACCCGUUGAACGCCGAUUGGCCCAACGAGGCCGAACAACCGUCGUUGUCACAGAUUCUGGCACAACUAGAAGAACAUCACGGACCGCCGGACAAAAUGAAAGACACAUCGGCUUGCUCCGAAGCAGGGUCUUCAGAAGCCGAGAAUCCCCCGGCCAAAAGACAACUUCUUUCAGAAGGCGAAGAUGGCGACUCGAGCUCGAGUCAGCAGAGCGGCAGCCAAUACAAUUCGAGGUGCGGGACCGGAAAGCGUCCGGUGGCCAACGCCAACCAGAACCCCGCCUCUCAAAACAGCUUGCGGAGAAGAAGGACUACGCUUAGUGCCCGCGAGAGGAAUCUACGGAGGCUCGAGUCGAACGAAAGGGAAAGGAUGCGGAUGCACAGUCUCAAUGACGCCUUCCAGGCGUUGAGAGAGGUUAUUCCUCAUGUGGCUAUGGAACGCAAACUGUCCAAAAUCGAGACCCUAACAUUAGCGAAAAACUACAUCAUGGCAUUAACGAACGUCAUUUGUGACAUUCGCGGCGAUGAACGGCCGUAUCAGUUCUGCGAAGCCGAAACUUCCAUCGACAGUUCCGGGUACAAUGGAUUGAACGUCGUGGGAAUGUGCCGCGCCCAGGACCCGGUGCCAGAAGCGAGUCAAAUGAUUAGUCUGCCCCCCGUCAACACUCUCCAACCACUAAAUGGACCCAGUCCCGAUUUACUUGGAUUCACAGCAAGCCGAAAAGACAUUUUGCCCGUCGAAGACGUCUGUGGCAGUAUGACGAAUACGCCGCUCUCUCAGUGUGAUGGUCUGUCUGACGAAGCCGUUGUAGGUCCAAAUCAACUCGAGUGGUAA